AUGCAGACUAUAUGCAAGGACGCUUACUAUUUAUAUUUCCCUAAAAUAUUGAAGACUUUCUACCUUGAUAGGCAAUAUUUACAUCUUUAUUUAGCACACAAAAGAAAGAUGGUCGUUGCUUACUUAGACAAUUAUAAAGGAAAGAAAAUAUCGUUUAAAAAACAUAAAGAAAUCCCUGAGAGAUUAAAGUACUUCUCUACUAUUUAGUUUGAGAAUAAUGUACUAUUAUGCGGGGGAUUGAAUAGCAAAGAGGAAAACCCAGAGGAUCCACUAUCAUAGCAAUUCGAUUAUGUUUACGAUGACUCUUUUCUCUUUGAUGUGAAACAUACAAAAGUCCUAAAUAAAAUGCAUAUGCACAUGAAAAGAGCAAAGCAUUGUGUCACAAUAUAAUAAGAUCCAGUCGAUCAAUUCAAUAGACUUGUGCUAAUUAUUGGAGGAGUAUAUAUUACCUAUCAUAAAGAUCUGUUUAAGAAAACAACUUAUUAGAAGUAUCACGACACUGCAAAUGUUGAAUACUACUCAAUGAAGACCUAAUCUUUUGAAAGAUAUAAUGCUAAAUUAUCAAUAGCUAGACAUUCAGCUGCAGCUUGUAAUCUGCAUAACUAUACCUAUGUAAUUGGAGGCCAUACUGUUGAUCAUCCCUUAAAGUAUAUAAACACCAUUGAAAGAUGCCACAGAUCAGUUCCUUCGUCAUUUUUUGAAAAGUUUGAUGUUAAGUAAAAGAUCGGAGUUGAUCUAAACAUACAAACUCUGCUAAGUGUAGCCAUCCCGGAGGACAGAGGUAUUUUGAUUAUUGGCAGCUCCAGAGAUGAUUAAUGGAACAAUGAAGGAUUUUAUAUAGAUUUGAAGGAUAUGUCAAUGAAAAGAUCAAAGUUUUAGUACUCAGUAGGACCCAUAAAUGAUUGGAAGAAUUCAUAUACAAACUAUGAGCAAAAGAUUAAUUUUCUGACUGAGCAAUUUUAAAUUUUGAGAUUUGGAGUUCAAGCUUGUGAAUGGAGUCUAUUUGAUUUGAAUGAUAUAAAAACUGAAAAAAGCAAAGAAUAUUUGGCUAAAAAAGAAUAGAAAAGAUUGAAGAAAUUGGAAAAAGAUAAAAACAAAAUACAUGAAAAGUAUAUUUAUGAUGAUGGAAGUCAUCUAUACUAUGAAGACAAUAAAAACCAUAACUACUAUUGA